AUGUCCGACGCAAAUCGCGAUGUGUCGCAGUACAAGUACUCGGCAAUGUCGAACCUGGUUCUCCAGGCCGAUCGUCGUUUCGUCACGAGACGAACCGAUGAGACUACUGGUGACCCAGAGUCGCUGGCUGGACGCUUGAGUAUUCGAGAUAUGGGUGCCCGAGUCGCACGCGACGACGCGCCGAAAUCAAAGAAGCAGCCUGGCAUGCCCGACAUCGAGCGAGGUAGUCUAAGAGAAGGCGAAGAUAUCCUAGCGCGGGAGCAAAAACGACGAAAGGCAGAAGCGCCUCAAUCGACAGGAGUCCUCGGCAACACUGAUCUUUUCGUGGAAGGCAUCACAUACCGACCGCGAACCGCUGCGACACGGGCGACUUUCGACUUAAUUAUCACUAUAGUAGCCAACAACCUUGGCGACGUACCACACGAGGUUGUGCGCAGUGCGGCAGAUGCUGUUUUGGAGUUUUUGAAGGACGAUGACUUGAAGGACUUGGAUAAGAAGCGAGAAGUCGACGAUAUUCUUGGCGUGACAUUAAAUCCUAAGCAGUUCAACGAGCUUGUGAAUCUCGGCAAGAAGAUCACCGAUUACGAUGCCCAGGAUGACGACGACGACGUUGCUAUGGGAGGCGCCGACGGCGACGAUGCUGAAAUAGAUGAGCGCCAGGGUGUUGCAGUUGCUUUCGACGAAGACGAGGACGAUGAGGAGGGUGGCUUAGUCAAUGAGGUCCGUGACGAGUCAUCCGACGAGGAAGAGGAUGAGGAAGAGAAGGAUGAGAAUGCUGAGGGCAAGGAAGAUGAUGCUGUUGCCGAUGUCGGUGACGAAAUGAUUCUCGACUCUGCGCCUUCAGGAGGAAAACAGGACGAAAAAGAGAAGCACAGCAUACCGGCCCGGGAUAUCGAUGCUUUCUGGUUAAGGCGUGAAAUUGGAACUCUCUACCCAGAUGCCCACGAGCAGACCGACAAGACAAAGGCUGCACUUCAAAUCCUAUCGGGUGAACCUGGCGAGGAUGGUGAGGAGAAGUCUCUUGGUGAGGUUGAGAACGACUUGAUGGACCUGUUCGACUACAAUCACCACGAGCUGGUUCGAAAGCUGGUCGAGAACAGGGAAAAGGUCUUCUGGCUCACAAAACUGGCACGGACCGAGACCCCCGAGGAACACGCCAACGUGGAGCGAGAGAUGAUUUCAGAAGGACUACAAUGGAUCCUGGACGAGCUCAAGGGCAAGAGUGUCAACGACGGCAAGAAGGGCAAGAUGGACAUCAAGAUGGACAUUGAUGUUCCGGCCUCUUUUACAGCCGAAGCACCCAAGACUGAACGCGCCGAAGGUCAACUCGUUGGCGGACUUCAGCCCCGAAAACUCAUUAACCUUGAUAACCUGGUUUUCGACCAGGGUAACCAUCUCAUGACAAACCCCAAGGUCCGCCUACCAGAAGGCUCAACAAAGAGGACUUUCAAGGGUUACGAGGAAAUCCACAUCCCAACACCCAAGAAACGCAACGAACCCGGCGAUGUCACGAUGCCCAUUACUGAUAUGCCUGAGUGGGCGCGAAACCCCUUCAGCAAAAACCAAUCGCUGAACAAGAUCCAGUCAAAGUGUUAUCCUUCGGCAUUCAACGACGACGGAAACAUGCUUGUUUGUGCUCCCACUGGUAGUGGAAAGACCAAUGUUGGUAUGCUCACGAUUCUUCGAGAGAUUGGAAAGCACCGUAACCCUGAGACUGGCGAUAUCGAUCUUGAUGCUUUCAAAAUCGUCUGUAUUGCUCCUCUGAAGGCUCUUGUCCAGGAACAGGUCGGCAACUUGGGUAACAGACUUGAGCCGUACGGCAUCAGGGUUGCUGAGUUGACGGGUGAUCGCCAACUCACUAAGCAACAAAUCGCCGAGACCCAGAUUAUCGUCACUACGCCUGAAAAGUGGGAUGUCAUUACCCGAAAAUCUAAUGACCUGACCUACACCAAUCUUGUACGCCUUAUCAUCAUUGACGAAAUCCAUCUGCUGCACGAUGACCGUGGUCCUGUGCUGGAGAGCAUUGUCAGCCGAACUAUCCGCAAGACUGAACAGACUGGCGAGCCAGUUCGAAUCCUUGGUCUAUCUGCUACCCUCCCCAACUACAAAGAUGUCGCAAGCUUCUUGCGAGUUGACACGGACAAGGGCCUCUUCCAUUUCGACAGCUCUUACAGACCUUGCCCUCUGCGACAGGAAUUCAUUGGUGUCACUGACCGAAAAGCCAUCAAGCAGUUGAAGACUAUGAACGAUGUCUGUUACAACAAGGUUAUUGAGCAUGUAGGCACAAACCGCAACCAGAUGCUUAUCUUUGUUCAUUCACGAAAGGAGACUGCGAAGACUGCCCGUUACAUUCGAGACAAGGCUGUUGAAUCAGACACAAUUCACCAAAUCCUUCGUCAUGACGCUGGUAGCCGCGAGGUCCUCGAAGAAGCAUCUUCUCAGGCAACCGACCAGGACUUGAAAGAUAUUCUACCUUACGGCUUCGGUAUUCACCAUGCUGGUAUGAGCAGAGUUGACAGGACAGAUGUCGAGGACCUCUUCGCCCGUGGUGCUAUCCAAGUUUUGGUGUGUACUGCUACACUGGCCUGGGGUGUGAACUUGCCUGCCCAUACAGUCAUCAUCAAGGGAACCCAAGUUUACUCCCCUGAAAAGGGUAGCUGGGUCGAACUAAGCCCCCAGGAUGUUCUUCAGAUGCUUGGACGUGCCGGUCGACCCCAGUAUGACACGUAUGGUGAAGGUAUCAUCAUCACAACUCAGAGUGAAAUGCAGUAUUACCUAUCACUUCUGAACCAACAACUUCCAAUUGAAAGUCAAUUUGUUAGCAAGCUGGUGGAUAAUUUGAAUGCUGAGGUUGUACUUGGUAACGUCAGGACCCGUGACGAGGGUGUCGAAUGGCUGGGCUAUACAUAUCUGUUCGUUAGAAUGCUUCGCUCUCCUGGUCUUUAUCAGGUUGGAGCAGAAUACGAGGAUGAUGAGGCUCUUGAGCAGAAACGAGUUGAUCUCGUUCAUUCAGCAGCUAUGGUUCUGCGCAAGUCGAACCUAGUCAAGUAUGACGAGAAGACAGGCAAGCUACAAUCCACUGAGCUUGGUCGCAUCGCUUCUCACUACUAUAUCACCUUCGGGUCUAUGGAGACCUACAACAACCUCAUUCAGCCUUCCAUUACUACUAUCGAGCUCUUCCGCGUCUUUGCUCUCAGUGCUGAGUUCAAGUACAUUCCAGUGCGACAAGACGAAAAACUCGAGUUGGCGAAGCUAUUAGGUAGAGUGCCAAUCCCUGUCAAGGAGAGUAUCGAGGAGCCUCACGCCAAGAUUAAUGUGCUCUUGCAAGCAUACAUCUCACGCCUCAAGCUUGAUGGCUUGGCCUUGAUGGCUGACAUGGUAUACGUCACACAAUCGGCUGGCCGUAUCCUGCGUGCUAUCUUUGAGAUUGCCUUGAAGAAGGGCUGGGCAUCUGUUGCUAAGACUGCAUUGGAUCUUUGCAAAAUGGCAGAGAAGCGCAUGUGGCCUACGAUGUCUCCUCUACGCCAGUUUCCCUCUUGCCCUAGAGAUGUUGUCCAGAAGGCUGAGAAGAUUGACGUGUCUUGGAGCAGCUAUUUUGACCUGGAUCCCCCACGCAUGGGUGAGCUCCUUGGUCUACCCCGAGCUGGCCGAACUGUCUGCGGUUUAGUGUCCAAGUUCCCUCGAGUCGAAGUCCAAGCUCAGGUCCAACCCAUGACUAGAUCUAUGUUGCGUGUUGAGCUCAGCAUCACCCCUAACUUUGAAUGGGAUGAUUCUAUUCAUGGUGCUGCUGAAAGCUUCUGGAUCUUGGUCGAGGACUGUGAUGGUGAAGAUAUCCUCUAUCACGAUACCUUCUUGCUGCGCAAGGAAUAUGCUGAGUCGGAGCAAAACGAGCAUAUCGUUGACUUUACAGUUCCUAUCACUGACCCAAUGCCUCCUAAUUAUUUCGUCUCGGUUGUUUCCGAUCGAUGGAUGCAUGCUGAGACCAGACUUCCUGUUCCUUUCCAUAAGCUGAUCUUGCCUGAGAAGUUCCCUCCCCAUACCGAGCUUCUCGAGCUUCAACCCCUCCCCGUUGCCGCUCUCAAGGUGCAAGAAUACGUCAAUCUCUACCCUUCGUGGAAGCAAUUCAACAGGAUUCAGACACAAACUUUCAACUCGCUCUACAAGACAGACCAGAACGUCUUUAUUGGCGCCCCCACGGGCAGUGGCAAGACUGUGUGUGCUGAGUUUGCUCUUCUAAGGCACUGGACCAAGGGUGAUGUUGGCCGAGCGGUAUACAUUGCUCCCUUCCAAGAACUUGUCGACUCUCGUCUUCAAGACUGGCAGAAGAGGCUUGGUUCCCUCAACGGGGGCAAGGAAAUUGUCAAGCUUACUGGUGAGACAGCGACCGAUCUCAAGCUCUUAGAGAAGGGUGACUUGAUCAUGGCGACACCCACCCAGUGGGAUGUACUGUCCAGGCAAUGGAAGCGACGCAAGAACGUUCAGACAGUGGAGCUUUUCAUCGCUGAUGAAGUUCACUUGCUCGGCGGUGCCCAGGGCUAUGUGUACGAGACUAUUGUCUCUCGUAUGCACUACAUUCGUACUCAAACUGAACUGCCCCUGCGAAUUAUUGCCCUGAGCGUCUCCCUGGCGAACGCCCGAGAUAUUGGUGAAUGGAUUGAUGCGAAGAAGCAUGACAUCUACAACUUCAGCCCUCAUAUCCGACCAGUGCCACUCGAACUUCACCUUCAGUCAUUUGCCAACCCUCACUUCCCUUCCCUUAUGCUUGCAAUGGCCAAACCCACAUAUUUGGCUAUUACACAAAUGUCUUCUGACAAGCCCGCUAUGAUCUUUGUACCCAGCCGCAAACAGACCCGUGCAACUGCUCGAGAUCUCUUGGCCGCGGCGUUCGCUGACGAUGACGAAGACCGUUUCCUUCAUGCUGAGGUGGAGCAGAUGCAACCUCUGCUUGAUCGCAUCAAUGAGGAGGCCCUUGCCGAGGCACUCUCUCACGGUGUUGGCUACUACCACGAAGCUCUUAGCCAGAGCGACAAGCGCAUUGUUAAGCAUCUUUAUGAUAAUGGUGCUAUCCAGGUCCUUGUCGCGUCUCGAGACGUUUGCUGGGAGCUCAACAGCACUGCACAUCUUGUCAUUGUCAUGGGUACACAAUAUUUCGAGGGCCGAGAGCACCGAUAUGUUGACUACCCACUUAGUGAGGUACUUCACAUGUUUGGUAAGGCCCUCCGCCCAUCGAAGGAUGGUCGUGGCCGUGGUGUCCUCAUGCUGCCUCAAGUGAAGCGCGAGUACUACAAGAAGUUCCUCAAUGAGGCGCUGCCUGUUGAGUCUCACCUCCACAACUACUUGCACGACGUUUUUGUGACGGAGAUCAGCACCAAGAUGAUCGAGUCCGGUGAUGACGCGAUCAACUGGACUACCUUUACCUACUUCUACCGAAGACUACUCGCCAACCCCAGCUACUACAGUCUGACCAGCACAACACACGAGGGUCUGAGCAACUACAUGUCUGACUUGGUUGAGACAACUCUGCGCGAGCUUGGCGAGUCUAAGAUCAUUGACUUCGAUGAGGACGACGGAUCUGUGGCUCCUCAGAACGCCGCCAUGAUCGCUGCUUACUACAACAUUUCCUACAUUACCAUGCAGACCUUCCUGCUUUCGUUGGGCGCUCGUACCAAGCUCAAGGGUAUCAUGGAGAUUGUUACUUCAGCCACUGAAUUCGAGACGAUUCAGAUCAGACGUCACGAGGAUGGUCUGUUGCGACGCAUUUACGAUCGGGUUCCUGUCAAGAUGUCCGAAGCAGUCUACGACUCACCACACUUCAAGUCUUUCGUUCUACUUCAGGCUCACUUCUCUCGCAUGCAGCUGCCGAUCGACUUGGCGAAGGAUCAGGAGAUUCUACUAACCAAGGUCCUGAGCCUCCUUAGCGCCAUAGUUGACAUUCUGUCUUCAGACGGACACCUGAACGCCAUGAGCGCCAUGGAGAUGUCGCAAAUGAUCGUCCAGGGAAUGUGGGACCGGGAUAGCCCUCUCAAACAGAUUCCUCACUUCUCUCCGGAAGUUGUCAAGGUGGCUAACGAAUUUGGAAUCAAGGACAUCUUUGAUUUCAUGGAAGCCAUGAAUCCGGACGAGAACACUGAUUACAACAAGCUCGUUAAGCGACUCGGUCUAUCCCAAAACCAAUUGGCACAGGCAGCCAACUUCACAAACGACAAAUACCCCGAUCUUGAGCUUGAGCACGAGGUUCUGGAAGAGGACGAGAUCAGGGCUGGUGAACCCGCCUACCUGAACAUCAAGAUUGCUCGCAACCUGGAGGAGGAAGACGGCGAUUAUGACUCCACCGUACACGCACCAUUCUAUCCCUCCAAGAAGAUGGAGAACUGGUGGUUGGUUGUUGGUGAAGAGAAGACCAAGAGCCUCUUGGCCAUCAAACGAGUGACAAUUGGACGGGAGCUAAAUGUCCGUCUUGAGUACACGGUGCCAUCACCAGGUGAGCAUGAUCUGAAGCUCUUCCUGAUGAGCGACAGCUAUGUUGGAGUCGAUCAAGAGCGGGAGUUCUCGGUCACAGCGGCCGAAGGUAUGGAUGUGGACGAGGAGGAGGAUUCGGACGAAGACGAGGAGUAG